GUUCGUUCUCUCUGGUUCACCUGACUUCGUCGCGGAGGUCGGCCGAGGUUGUUGGGAAGAAUGUUGAGGAGAUAUUUCUCGCCCCGUGUCGUUGAUCUAUCUUACUCUACUUGCGCCAGUCGUGUGAGUUGAGUGAGCGUUCGUUCCCUCGCGCUAUGAAGGCCCCGGCGGAAAGAUAGCAGUAGAUUAAUAGAACCGUGCUGUUUCAUUCACGUUUUGUUCUUGCUGUGGUUGUUUUUUAUUUACCCACCCCCACCCCCCAACUGCAUUCCGAGGAGCUUUAAUAAUAUUUUCCAGAAGGAAGACACACAGGACGCGCUUUGUCCCUCCGUUUUGAUGCCAGUUGUGAUAAUAAUAAUAAUACAAACAACAAGGGAUGUACAGAGUCUAUUAUGUGCCGCGAUUUUUUCUUGGAAUAAAUUCCUUUUGCUUGGUGAGUGUUCCGGAUAAUAUGAUGCUCCUUUGUGAUUCUGAACAACGUCGCUGAUGGUCUCGAUAUUACUGUGAUGUUUGAAGUGCGUCUUUCAAUAUUUCUUGCAGUUUGUGUCGAUGGAUCGUAUACCAUGAAGAAUAUUAUUUCUUUCUGCUUUUAGACGUAACCACGAGCAUCCAUCUCUGAUCAAUCAAGCGUCUGUCUGUGUUCACAAACACAGGUCACGAUAGAGUGGUCUAUGUUCCCCUAUCACGUGCCAUACGGAUGUCAUCUGAGAACCUGGACGGGAUUGUAAAUGUAGGUCAACGCAAUCUGGGCUGACAAGACAGUCCAGCCAGCCACUUGACUUCAUCAGCACGGUGCUAUUUUACAACGUAGUGUUUUUACCCGACGAUCUGGUUACUGUUAGUACCAAGAAAAAAAAACAAGCAAUAACAACAACAUGCAAAUACGCCAAAGGCGUCCGAAACAUCAAGACUUCAAGUAGUCUUCUGAUUACUUGAUCAUACUGGAGACUUAUCUUUUUAACUUUGACAACGGGACUUUCUGGAGCUAAUUUUAGACCAGGUUCGUUCUGCCUUUCUUCACUGACAACGGGACUCCCCAUAGCUAUUUUUAAAGCAGUUUUUAUGUUCAAAUAAAAAAAAAACUGUAUUGUUGGCAAGCUUUGGUGUAAGCUCGUUGAUCGACCUGACUCCACAGAGAGUUCAAUACACAUAACCCAUGCGGGGCGGUAGCUUUUGCUGAAAGAUACAAACGAAGGGGCAUUUCUUCGUGGGAGACACAAGAAGGCGGGGCCAGACAAGCCCCUCCCUCCUUCUACUCGAGUUGACCCUCCGAGCUGUUUCCCUUGACCAGGAACCCCGCCACCGCAUCUACUCGCCCGCUAUUGGCCGCCGGUUCUGAAGAUGUCCCAUGGUGGACCAAUCGAAUGCCCCAGCCUCCCGCAGCGACCAGCGGCGACACGGACAUGACACAGUCCCUGGCUGCCCAAGCCAAGCCCAGUGGACACCUGUCUCAGCCCCGCCCCUUCGCCACGCCCUCCCAGCACAGAGCUCCACCCCCUUUAUCAGCCACUCCGUCCAGGUCGUCACCCUCUAAGGCCCUGCUGCUGCACGACAAUACCUCGCACGCGCGUCUAACGAGGGGCAAGAGUAGGUGCAGAACCAAUGUCUUCAAGCAGGUGAGUCGUUUAAAGGGGCCACUCGUGUGCGUUUUCCUGUUGGUCCUACUCAUGCUGCUCCCACACGUUCACGCCAAGCCGUGGCUGGAGGAGACGCCGCAUGACGUCACGUUCAACGUGCCCAUGUGUCGGCCGCUGUCCCAGGCUGACCUUCAGCGGAUGAUGGGGCCGGCGUGGGACGAGAGCCGAAUGGCGCCCGAUAUGGCCACGGCGAAGAGGACGUUCGCGCCAGAAUCUGGCGGUGCUGAGUCCAGUAUCAACGGGUAUCAGGGGGACGACCCUCGUGCCAGCGGCCUCACGGAAAGAGAGGACCUAGUGGCGGAGGAGAAGAUGUGGGGCUCCAGCGAACUUUGGGUGAACGAGAGGGAGGAGGAUAUUUACACUGAGGGUGGGGUUCUGGAUGGGAUUGAUGACAAUGAUGAUGAGGAUGGUGAUGAGGGGGGAGAAGAGGAAGAGGAAGAGGUGGAAGAGGAAGAAGAGGAGGUGAUUGUUGAACGAAGGACUUGGAUGCCGAGAAGAGGCACGAGGCGGCAUCAUUCUUCAUUCCGGGAUCGCCGGAGAUUUCGUUAUCCAAAGUUUGGUUCGGACUCGGUUGAAUCGAACGAGGAAGAGGAGGAGAAAAAGAGAACUGUGCUCUCCAGUCCGUACGGCUUCAUGCGUCGGAGGAGACGGUCAGCCAACAGUUCUCCUUCUUCGCGAAGAGAGCGGAAGAAAUCUCGAUCCAGAGAUGAUAAAAACCAUCUCAACGACGACUCUUACGACGACAUGGCUGACGACAAUGCAUAUUCUGACACUGAGGCUGAUGACAAUAACCCAACCUCAAACGACGAGGCCUCUAAAGACAAUAUUCUCCCGCUUCGACUCAUUUUAAGCGGGAAGAACAAGAAGCUGAGGAGACAGCUGAAGAAGAAAUUCCGCCAGAAAGCGAAGAAGUUGCGGAAAAAGGACCCUCCAUGGGAGUGCAAAAUGCGUCAUAAGAUGCUGUUCAUGAAGCCGGGCGUGUUCCCGAGAGUGUUGCGGCAGGGAGAGUGCGCGUCCAACAAAUGUUUCUACAGGCUCUAUAACUGUGAGCCCAGCAAGUACGCCAUCACGUUGUUGCAGAGAGACCCCGACCACUGCAACCCCAUCCCGUCCAUCGGGAAUUCAACGGUGUACGAAGAACGUUGGAACCUGGCCAAAUACCACGUGACAGUCGGGUGUAACUGUGCCAGUUUGGUGUGGUGGUGGGGGUGGUGGUGGUGGGGGUGGCGGACGGAAGUACAAAAGCAGGCGGAGAGACUGAACAUAAUGGCUACUCACAGGCGGGAGAAGAGACUUGUCGGUGUCAAUUCCAAGAUUUUGGUGGUGUUCAGAUACUGACGAGCGGGGAGCGAUUACAAGUGAUACACCGAGGGACGGCGGACUGAGACAAUACACAUAUACAAGAAAGCUAAGAUUUUUUUUCAGUGCUUAUGGUGUCAGUUCUUAAGUCUGUGUAUCUUUGUACUCACCUUUUACGAUGCUCCUCGGAACUACCGCAAAUUGGCACCCGUGAUCUCAACGUUUGUUUCACCAUAGUCCCCCCCCCUCCUCCACCCACCCUUCCUACAGAAAGCUUUUCCUGACAACAGUUUGUUGCUCAUCAGCUGUUUGGUCACCUGGUACGUGAAAUCGACGCGGUUAGGGAAAGUUUUAUUGGUCAUAGGCGUGUGUACCACUCCUCAGCUGAAAGUUUUCAAAACUCCCGUAUUGCAAACUCGGGCUUACGCAGCACCAGCAAGGAAUCAGAAUCUUUGUCAACGUCGUUCCAAGCAAGCGUAGCAUCAAUAA